AAUAAAAUAUUUAUUUAAAUAAUAAAGAAAUAUAUAAUAACUUAUUUAAAAAUAUGAAGGAUUACAUCUAAUCACCUAAAUAACCCGACCACAUGAUGUGACUAGUCACGUAUGAAACUUUGUGUUCUAAAUAUGUAACCCUUAGCCUUAGGAUCAUGUAUAUCAUUUUAAAAAAAAAAAAAUCAAGAGUAUUCCAAGUUCCAACACAAGAUUCCAAGCAUUAACGAAGUCAGCCACAUCUUCCAAAUUCCUAUGAUCAACACCUCCUCCUCUCAACUAUUACGUCCACCGUCCACUACAACUGGCCCCACCAACCAUCUUCAUCCUACCGCUGUAAAUCCCUCAGCCCUCACUCACCAAACCUUCCCAUUUCUCCCUCUUUCUCUCUCCUAAAACCCUUGUUAAACCUUGAACAACAAUCAACCUCUACGACUUUAAACUUCAAACCCCCACCAUCUUCCUCCCCCUCCAAAACCCCAGAAAAAUUUAAGAUCUUCAAUUAAAUUAAACCCUAACAAUGGCGGAUUCCCUUAAGACCAGCUUAUCAAAUAACCCUAAAGUUUGGAUUUUGAUCGGUAUUGGUGUUGCAGGGAUCGCAGUCGUUGUUUCUAGAGAGACAAUUAGAAGGAGAGAGAAGAAGCUUCUAGAAAGAGAGGAUUUUGGCGCUUUUGUUGAGCGUUUUGAGCUUCUUCCUUCUCCUCAACCGCCGCCCCCUGCUGCUCCUUUGCCUCUCCAUGGCCUCACCUUCGCCGUCAAGGACAUAUUUGAGAUAAAGGGGCGAAUAACAGGGUUCGGAAACCCAGAUUGGAAGAAAACGCAUGAUGAAGGAGAGAAAGCAGCAAUUGCGAUUACUAACUUGUUGAAGAAGGGAGCUACUUGUGUGGGGUCCACUGUUUUGGAUGAACUCUCAUUUGGGAUUACUGGCGAAAAUGUGCAUUAUGGGACUCCAAUCAAUCCGUCGACACCACAUCAUAUUCCUGGGGGGUCUUCUAGUGGCUCAGCUGUAGCAGUUGCUGCACAGCUUGUUGAUUUUUCUCUUGGUACUGAUACAAUUGGGUGUAUAAGAAUUCCAGCGUCACUGUGUGGUGUGUUUGGAUUUCGCCCAUCUCAUGGGGCUGUAUCUAUGGAUGGAGUCCUGCCAAAUUCUCAAAGUCUAGAUACUAUUGGAUGGUUUGCUAGGGAUCCCUCUGUUUUACAUCGCGUUGGACAUGUUUUGCUCCAGUUAAAGACUGAGCCCAGGAGGCCAAGGCGCUUCAUAGUUGCAGAUGAUCUCUUUGAACUUUCGAAAGCUUCAAAGCCUAAGACAUCACAUUUUGUGAAGCAGAUGACAGAAAAGCUAUCUGGAUACCAGAGCCCCAAGCAUGUAAAUAUUGGCCAAUUUAUUGCCUCAAAUGUUGCAAGUUUGAAAGCAUUUUGUGAAGAGUCUUCAAUUGUUCAAAGUGGAGAAGGAGCUCUCAAAGCUCUUUCGUCGGUUAUGGUUUUACUUAAUAGAUAUGAGUUCAAGACAAAUCAUGGAGAAUGGAUCACAACAGUGAAACCAAAGUUGGGGGCUAAUGUAUGUGGACGUGUUCGUACAGCAAUCGAUUCAAUGCCUGAGGACGUAAAAGUUUUGUAUAAAGUGAGGGCCGAAUUGCGUGCUGCGUUGCAGGACCUUCUAAAGGUAGAUGGAAUUCUUGUUCUUCCAACAAUAGUUGAUCCUCCAAUAACACGCAACUCAAGAAAAGGGCUGUCUUCUGAGUUUAAUGAUCGAGCGCUAUUCUUAUCCAGCAUAUCAAGCAUGUCCGGGUGCUGUCAGGUUACUGUUCCACUGGGAGAGCACGAUGGUCUUCCAACUUCAAUUUCAUUGAUUGCAUUUCAUGGAUCUGAUAAGUUUCUGCUCGAUACUGUGUUGGAUUGCUAUUCAACACUUCAAGAACAAGUGAGACUUGCAUCCGAGUCCAAGCCGUUGCCAGAUACCAAUGGUCACUUGGAUGCUUCAGAACUGCUGAAAGAGAAGGGUAAUGCUGCAUACAAGGGGAAACAAUGGAAUAAGGCUGUCAACUAUUACACCGAAGCUGUAAAGCUGAAUGGGACUAAUGCAACCUACUAUUGCAAUCGAGCAGCUGCAUACUUGGAGCUGGGUUGUUUCCAGCAAGCGGAGGAGGAUUGCACAAAAGCUAUAUCACUGAGUAAAAAGAAUGUGAAGGCAUAUUUGAGAAGAGGGACUGCUAGAGAGUCACUUCUUCGAUACAAGGAAGCUGCUGAAGACUACAAGCAUGCACAUGUUCUUGAGCCGCAUAACAAGGUCGCCAAUCUUGGAGAGAAGCGGUUGAAGAAGCUCAUGAGUUAAUACACGAUUUCACAAGUCAAUUUUGCUAAUUCUACUUCCAGGCUUCCAGCAGAAGGCAUAACAAUAAUGAGAAAUAAAGGCUAGUAAAAGAGGAAGAGCAUGGCGUUUAUACAUUUAGAUUAUAGAUAUAUUUUCUUUUCUUUUAAUCUGUGUAUAGAAAUUUUGGCACUGUGAUGAACGAUGCAACAUUCUUGCACAAGUUUUGCAGCGAAAUAUUAAUUUUUGAGAGGUAGCUAGGAUACUUGUUUAGCUGCUUUCAAAAUGAAUGGAAAAACUCUUAUGUACAUGUUGAUUGAAGAAAUGAAAAUGUGUUCAGUGAAAGUAAGUUUGAUUCA